UCAAACGUAAGACUCAUCCUUCGCAAAUAUUUUCUUCUGAAAUGGAAUCUCAGUUAGCAGAAUACUUGAAAAAGUGCACUCUUAUUAAUCACGGACUAUCACCAAAGGAAACAAAAGUUAUUGCUUUAUCAUUUGCUAUUGCUAAUGGAACGCGAAUUCCAACGGCAUGGCAUAAAAAUGGACAAGCAUCAGAAGAUUGGCUAAGUGGCUUCCUAAAACGCAAUCAGAGUUUAUCAAUAAGAAAACCGGAAGCAACGAGUCAAGCACGGGCAGCUGGGUUUAAUAAGCCUGUUGUGGACAAUUUUUAUGACAAGUAUGAGAGCUUAGUUGUAAAACACAAAUUCAAAGCCUAUCAAGUGUUUAAUUGCGACGAGACCAACAACCCAACUGUAAUGCAACCACCAAACGUGAUAGCAGCAAAAGGAACUAAACAAGUUCAGCAAACCGUAUCUGCUGAAAGAGGCACAAAUGUUACCAUGCUGGCAUUUGUAAAUGCGGCUGGUGGUUCUGUGCCCCCAGUAUUCAUCUUCCCAAGAAAAAAAUUACUGCCAGUAAUGUUUGAAAAAGGGCCUUCUGGAUGCAUAGGACUUGCCCAUGAAUGCGGGUGGAUGACUGGGUUCAGUUUUUUUAAAUCCCUACAACAUUUCCAAUCAUUUGUGAAAUGUUCAAAAAGCAAUCCUGUAUUGCUUUUGUUAGAUAAUCACUCGAGUCACCUUGACUAUCAGGUAGUCUCCUUCGCGAAAGACAAUGGAAUAAUUUUGCUGACAUUCCCUCCCCACUGCUCUCAUGCUUUGCAGCCCUUGGAUGUAAGUGUGUUUGGCCCAUUCAAACGGGCAUGCGGGAAAAGCCAAAAUGAUUGGUUAAAUCGCAAUCCAGGUCAGCGGAUUUCUAUUAAGGAAAUUGAAGAACUGUCGAAUGUGCCAUACCAAGAAGCUAUUACUCCAAAAAAUAUCAUUGCUGGAUUCCAAUCAACAGGAAUUUUUCCUUUUAAUCGGUUCAUGAUAAACCCUUCCAGGUUUGCUCCCUCAUUUGUGACCGACAGACCAUGUAAGCCAGAUUUUAUCUUCUGCUAUUUUAUUUGUCUUGUAUGUGCUAUCUUAAUUGUCAUGUACGUCACUUUUUAGAAAGUGUGCCGGUGGAAGGAUGUUUUUCUUGU